AUAUUAUAAUUAGAAAUGGGCGAGGGUAACGUGUUAUUCCAAGUCACGAAAUUAGAUGGAAAAGAUCAAUGGUCAUUCCGCGACCACCCUGCAGCCAGUUACGGUCGAGGCACGGGGCCAAGAGGAGCCUACUACGACCAUCAGUGUGCCAUCGUCAUGGGUUGCGCCAGCAGCGGCCCUGUCGGUAAGGUGGCCGAUUCUGUGGCGGAUUUGGCCAGCAAGGAAGGCAAGGCAGUGCAAGAUUUCGGAACAGCCACCAAAGACACCCUCAUAUCGGGCGUCAACCACGUGAACGAAAUGGUCGGCACGGCCUUCAAGUCGGCAGAACACGAAGUCGUGAACCUAACGUCCAAAGCCACGAACUUCCUCGGUCACGCAGAAGAAGACGUCAAGGAAGCAAAGAAAGAGAAGGAGCAAUUUGAAUCCAACGUUUCGGAAAACGUGAACGAAGCCAUAUCGGACGCAGAGACUGUGGUGAUGUCUGAGGUAGGAAAUCUUCAGAACGAAGCAGACGACAUAGACGACGAGCUGAUGGAGGUUAUGCGAAAGGACGUGGCGGAUAAAACUGGUGCUGUGGCCAGAAUGGAGGGCGACAAUUUGAUAUUGGAGGAUAUAGAGCAUUUCGACCACUUGGGAGAGGCUGUAGAGAAAAGCGAGAAGAGGGUAGAGAGGCUGAUGGAAAUGGAGGCUGAAGAUUUGAAGGAUAUGGCGCAUAAGGAGGAGCCUAAGAAGGAAGAAUGAGCAGAAUCCUGCUUGGAAUCCGUUGGAAUGCCAUGUGUAAAUUGCUCCCUGAACUAGAAGAGCAUGGAAACAUACCAAAAAAUUUCCGUCCAUUGCAAUACAUUUCAUAUUGAAUUUAGAAUUUUCUACAAACUCUAUGAAACCUGCAGGAAUAUCUACGACUUCCACGAUAUUGAACGAAAGUGUAAUUUUAUAAGAUAUCUAGUUCUAAAAAUUUUAUUGUAAUAGUUAUAUUUGUUGGCAAAUAAGUAAAAUUUAUAAUUCGAUUUACCUGGUUGAAAAUGUGUUAUAUUUAUAAAUAAUAAAGUUGACAGUUCGACUA